ACGCGGACUUUGAGGUUGUCUCAUCUCACGCAAGAAAUGACAAUUGAUUUUGAUCCUAAUUCAAUUAGAAGCUUCUAUUGAUUAUCAUAAAUACACAAUUUUGAAUAAAUUCGAGAGGAAGAACACGAACACGGCAGUCCAAAUAUUAAACGAAUAAUAGAGGGGCAGAUGUUAUUGUUAAAGAUCCUAGUCAUUGGGUAGGGAUGUUGGGUGCACUGCAGAUCUUUGAAAGUAUCUUUUUUUAAAUUGUAGAUUGGCUUGAAAUAGUCCAGCUGAGAUGGGUGUUGAGGAGGCGGAAAGAAUAAGGUCUAUUUGGUGCAGUAUAUUGAUUUGAAGGGGCCUGUGAGUGAUGGCAUGGUUUUAUAUUGAUUUUGAGGGAGCUUGUGUUUUAUGGGUAUGGUUCUAUAUUAAUUUGAAGAGUCCUGUGUGCGAUGGGCAUGCUUGUAGAUUGAUUUGAAAGGGUACUUGUGAGAUGGGUAGUAUGGAGGAAGGAUGGGUGUGGCAGCAGCAUGUGAUGGAGGUGACAAGGGUGUGUCAGGAGCAGAGGGACACCCCUCUUCUGUGGGCAGUUGAAGUGAGCAAAUGGCUGAAAGGAGCAGCUGUCAGCAUGCCCUCUGUGGAGCUGGGACAAAUGCUCAUAUCGCAUCUUUGUUGGAGCAACAAUGGACCCAUGUUGUGGAAGUACAUUGAACAGGCUAUGUCAUCCCACAUGAUUCCUUCGUUACUUAUCUUGGCCUUAUUGACUUCCAGGGUGAUUCCCUAUCGCCAAAUUCAGCCCGAGGCAUAUAGACUUUAUCUGGAGCUUCUUGGUAGAUAUUCAUUUUGUUUAGUUUUAACAAAUACUGCUUCCAAUAGCAAGAAGAUAGUUGAGGCUGUUGAUGAUGCUCUUCAACUUUCCAGAACUUAUGGCAUACCUGUGACUGAACUUGGGAAAACUGCAGUGCUAUUUACUUUUACGGUUGUUUCCACUUUGGUCAGUGCAAUAGCAGAAGAUUCAGGUCUGCAAGUUAGAUGGUUAGAGAAACAAUACCAGGUAGGUGGGAAUGUGGGACAACAUGACAUGGCAAUAGGGGCAGAUGAGGAUGCUAAUGAGAAACGACAUCAACAUCAAGAGCAUUUACGGAGAACAAAUAUUGUGAUGGCUAUUGAGAUGGUUGGGAAACUAAUGGAGCACAAAAGAACAUCUACCUUUUUCCGUCUUGCAUGUCAAAACAUGACUGAACAGUGGAGUGAUUUAUGUCAACACCUGCAAGUAUUAGAAGCUCAUUCAUCAUCACCGAGUUUAAAGAUAGAUGGUGGAUUAUUUACACGGUUGAUUGGCUCCAUUAAAAGGUCUUUAAGCCUAGAAUAUCAGCCUAAGCAACACCAGGCAAUCAGAGCAUUUAUUGAUUCCAGUUAUCGGACAUCAGCAUUUGGGCACAGUUAUGGAGUAGGCCAGUCUUCCAUGUGGCUUCCUUUUGAUUUGUUUAUGGAAGAUACAAUGGAUCGAAAUCAAAUUCAAGCUAAAUCUACUAUUGAGAUUUUAACAGAACUGACAAAAUCUCUCCAAGCUGUAAAUGGUGCAAGUUGGCAAGAGACUUUUUUAGGUCUCUGGACUGCAUCUCUUCGGCAUGUUCAAAGGGAACGAAAUCCCAUUGAGGGUCCUGGACCCCACCUUGAUUCACGGUUGUGCAUUCUACUAAGUAUUACACCAUUGGUUAUUGUUUCCAUUAUUGAGGAAGAAUAUAAGAUUAUUGAAGCUGCCAAGAAUAAUGUAUUAGGAAAUAUUGUGAACACACGUGUACAUGACAAAGAGAGGAAAAUCAUGGGGUUAGGUACAAGGCAGGCAGCCUUAGUAUCAAGUCUUCAAAUUCUGGGACAGUUUGAGGAACUGUUAAAACCCCCUGAGUCUGUACUCUUGGUUGCCAAUCGGGCUGCUCUUAAAGCCAAAAGCUUGGUUUCUAGCCUUAACUGUGGAUCUGGGAGCUUCAAUGGCCUUAGCAGCAAUAGUGUUUCAAGUGCAGUAGAGGGAACCAUGUGGCACCUAAUUGUUGAAGCUUGCAUUGCCAGGAAAUUGAUAGAUUCCUCAGCAUAUUUAUGGCCAGGCUAUGUUGAAAGAUUAGCGAAUCCUUUAUCUCAUUCUACAGCAGUUCAAGAUUUUCCAUGGUCUGCUUUUAUGGAAGGAGCACCCUUAUCUGUUUCACUAAUAGAUGCUCUUAUUAAAACUCCCGCUUCAAGCUUAGAAGAGCUGGAGAAGGCGUAUCACAUUGCAAUGAAUGGAUCAGAGGAGGAAAGGUCUGCUAUGGCUAGCAUUUUAUGUGGUGCAUCUCUUAUCCGUGGAUGGAAUGUCCAGGAACAUGCAGUUCGCUUGGUAGUAAAUCUUCUUACACCUCCUAUUCCUGUAGAUUAUCAUGGAACUGGAAGUCAUUUACUGGCAUAUGCACCAUUUCUCAAUGCUGUCCUUAGAGCAAUAACCACUCAUGAUAAUGUUCAUGUUCUCUCGUUGUAUGGAGUUGUUCCACAUGUUGCAGCUGCAUUGAUGCCAAUUUGUGAGACAUUUGGAUCUAUUUUGCCUACUGUGCCACAGAUGCCAAGCAAAGGGGAAGAAGUUUCAGUUUACACAAUCUUCACAAAUGCUUUUCUUUUGCUGCUUAGGAUGUGGAAGUUCUAUGGAUGUCCCCAUGCACAUUGUUUUACUGGACUAGGAGCUCCAGUUGGUACAGAACUUGCACUUGAAUACCUUUUAGUCUUGCAUAAUAGUAAACUGACUAAAGAUAAUGAAAAUUAUCAAGUUAAAAACUCCUUGUACUCGGGCUCUAAUUUGCCACAAGUACUAACUGCCCCAGAGGAUCAAACCCUUGGAGCAACUUCUUUUUCCAAGCCAUUGUUUCUUGACUCAUUUCCAAAAUUGAAAGUUUGGUACUGUCAGCAUCAAGCUUGUAUUGCAUCAACACUGUCGGGGCUUGUUCCUGGGAAUCCUGUGCAUCAAGUUGUUGAUAGACUUCUGAAUAUGAUGUAUUGGAAACUGGGUAAAGGAGUACCACCACUUACUACUUCUGUGGCAUCUGGGAGUAGCAAUCUGAGCAGCUCUUCAGGAAGUGCAGGAGGGGACACAAUUCGCAAGCCUCUAUUAUCGGCAUGGGAUAUUCUUGGGGCUGUGCCUUUUGUGGUAGAUGCUGUGCUGACUGCUUGUGCACAUGGAAAAAUUUCUCCUCGAGAGCUUACGACAGGCCUCCGAGACCUUGUGGAUUUUCUUCCAGCUUCUAUUGCAACUAUAGUCAGCUACUUUUCUGCAGAGCUUACUAGAGGUGUCUGGAAACCUGCAUCAAUGAAUGGAACUGAUUGGCCAAGUCCUGCUGCAAAUCUUUUAUCAAUUGAAGCUUUGAUAAAGGAGGUACUAGCUGAUACUGGUGUUCAUGUACCAAGCCUUGUCAUAGGUGGAAAUACAUCAGCUACCCUUCCAUUGCCAUUAGCAGCACUUGUAAGUCUGACAAUAACAUUCAAGUUGGAUAAGCAUUCGGAAUUCAUGACUGGUAUUGCUGCUUCAGUUUUGGGAACUGCUGCGGCUGGAAGUCCAUGGCCUUCUAUGCCUAUUGUUGCGGCACUCUGGUGUCAAAAGGUCCGAAGGUGGCAUGAUUUUAUUGUCCUUUCUUCCUCGCGUACAGUAUUCAUGCAUGAUAAGAAUGCUCUUGUACAGCUCCUCAAAAGUUGCUUUACUGCUACUCUUGGAUCUACAAACAAUUUGAUGUCAAAGCUGACAGUUAAUGGUGGAAUAGGAGCAUUGCUGGGACAUGGUUCCUCUUCACAUUCCUCUCCUUGUGGCACAUCUCCAGCGGCACCUGGUAUCCUUUAUCUCCAGACUUAUGACGAAAUGUAUGACAUAAAGUUUACAGCUGAAGAAAUUCUCUCACUUGUGGUUGAUGCAGUAAAAGAUUCUGUAACUAGGGGAAUGGAUUACCAACAUUCUGGCCAAUCCCUUAGAGCUCCACAGCGCUUAAAAUCUCAAAAUAUGUCAUUGGCAAAUGCAUUGGAAAGAGCUAAACUAGCUUCUUCCCUGGGAGCUUCCUUACUCUCUAUUUCUGGUAGGUUGGGACUGGUUCAAAUACUUUAUCAAGAAACCUUGCCUACUUGGUUUUUGUCUGGAAACAGAAUCAAGACAAAAAGUGUAGCAAGUGUUUCUACACUGGAAGGCUAUACGAUAGCACAUUUUACCUUUCUUUGUGGAGCUUGCACAUGGGGAAUAGACACUUCAUCAUAUUCAAAGAGGAGGGCCCAAAUUCUUGGUGCCCACAUGGACUUUCUGGCAAGUGCAAUUGAUGGGAACAUGUCUAUGGGAUGUGAAGAUGAAACAUGGAGAGCAUAUGUAUUGGGUUUCCUUGCAAUGGUAAUUAAUUGUUCUCCUAAUUGGAUUUGUGAAGUAAAUACAGAAAUUCUCAAAAGACUGGCCACAAGGUUGAAAUGGUGGCAUGAGCCUGAACUUGGUCUUGCUUUAUUGGAGAGGGGAGGUCCUCUAGCCAUGAAUGCAGCUGCUGAACUUGUUUCUAGUUAUUAAGUUACCUUUCCUGAAUAUUUGUUUUUUCAGGUUUGCUCUCAUGUUUUAACUGUCUUUUAAUGCUCUCUUGGCACCAAUUAUGAUCUUGCUCUAUAAUUUUUUGGGAUUUUAGAUCUUGAUAUAGUUAGUACUUUGUCCA